GACCCAGGACUUGAGGGGAUGGGGGCUGAUGGGGAAACCGCAGGGUGAGGGAAUUUAAGGAUUAGUGACAUUAGUAACAUCAAUUCCUCUCAAAUUGUGUUUACAGCCUUUACUGGACUGUCCCAAACAUGGCCUGCUUUACAAAGCUGCUAAGAAGCACAGCUGAGUGCCCACCCUGACUCUGACUAGCUUACAGUGAAGCUUUGGGAAGUUGUUUUCCGCUGAGCUCUUAUUUUCUCAUCCAGAAAAUGAGGGGGUAGGAUUUGGUCACAGCAAAGAGAACCCAGGUGCCCACAACUCAGCCAAGAGUCUUGACCCCUCUGUCAUCAACUGCACACACGCUGCACACUCCACCAGCUCCUAGGCUUCUCUCCACAUCUGACUUCUCCAGGCCUGGACUGUGGGGAGCUUUUUGGACGGAAAAAAGCAGAAAGCAGCAGGAGCUGCUCUCCAAGGACCACACCUCAAAGAGCAAGAUCCCCAGGUGGGAUCGCUCUGAGGCUUCAGGCAGGGGAGGCUGGCUUGAAAGCCGAUCUCCAAGAGGGCGUGGCUCCAAAAUGCUGGCAAAUAAAGCCUGGAGAGCCAGCAACAGUCUGGAGACCAGCGGGAGGGACAGGAAAACUGCAAGCCGCUCUGUUCCUGGACCUAGGAAGUGAUGCCCAUGGCGUCCCCUCAAACCCUGGUCCUCUGUCUGCUGGUCCUGGCAGUCACUGAAGCCUGCGGCCAGGAGGCAGUCAUCCCAGGCUGCCACUUGCACCCCUUCAAUGUGACAGUGCGAAGUGAUCGCCAAGGCACCUGCCAGGGCUCCCACAUGGCACAGGCCUGUGUGGGCCACUGUGAGUCCAGCGCCUUCCCUUCUCGGUACUCUGUGCUGGUGGCCAGUGGCUACCGACACAACAUCACCUCUGUCUCUCAGUGCUGCACCAUCAGUGGCCUGAAGAAGGUCAGAGUACAGCUGCAGUGUGUGGGGAGCCGGAGGGAGGAGCUCGAGAUCUUCACUGCCAGGGCCUGCCAGUGUGACAUGUGUCGCCUCUCUCGCUACUAGCCUAUCCUCUCCCCUCCUUCCUCCCCUGGGUCACAGGACUUGACAUUCUGGUGGGGGAAACCUGUGUUUGAGCUUCAAAAACUGGAAGGAGCUCCAACCCUGCUGGUUACUUGCUAUGGAAUUUUUUUAAAUAAGGGAGGGUUGUUCCAGCUUUGACCCUUUGUAAGAUUUCGUGACUGUCACCUGAGAAGAGGGAGUUUCUGCUUUCUUCCCUGCCUUUGCCUGGCCCUUCUAAACCAAUCUUUAUCAUUUUACUUCCCUCUUUGCCCUUACCCCUAAAUAAAGCAAGCAGUUCUUGA